UUUUCGAGUUUGAAUCACUCGGGAGAGGAAAUUUUAAAACCCAGUGUCGCACCGACCGUCCUGCGCCGACACACAUGGACCACCAGCCUGCGGGAGGUCGCUCAGGAUAUUCGACUCUUAACUUCUAGCGGCAGUGCACUGAAACUUCCCUCAACAUGUUCGCUGCUGCUUUGCUGCUGAUGCUGACCACCACCAUCUUUGCGGUUGACAGUACAAUAGCUGGCUGCUCAUUUGAUGAGGAGUCACAUUCAACGCUGUGUGCAUACAGGCAAGGACAGGAUGACGACUUCGAUUGGCAACAGAUCUCAACUUACAUGUGGCCUGACUCUCCGACUGACCUCCCCCAAGGGUCCUUCAUGAUGAUCAACUCCUCAAGGCAGUUGGGUGGGCAGAGGGCUCAACUGCUGCUGCCCCCCCUCAUUGAGAACGACACCCAUUGCAUCCAGUUCAGCUACUACAUUUACGCUGGCAAUGACCACAGUCCAGGAGACUUGCAGGUCUACAUCAAGGUGGACGAUGACAUCAAGGGCUUUGCAGUAUGGAACAUCUCUGGCUCCCAGGGCCAGCAGUGGCACCAGGUGGAGUUAGCAGUCAGCACAUAUUGGCCCAGCGAAUACCAGGUCAUCUUUGAAGCGACAGUGUCUGAGGAGAAGAGUGGCUAUAUCGCAAUAGAUGACAUUGUGCUGCUCAACUAUCCCUGCUAUAAUGUACCACAUCUGUCAUGGUUGGGUGAAAUGGAGGUUAAUGUGGGACAAAAUACCACGAUCCAGUGUGUUGCCUCGGGGAAAAUCUCAGAAAGUGACUCAUUUUUAUUAGAGAAAAGAAACGGGUCUGUCAUGGUGCCAUCGGAGCUGCUGCGACUGGGGCAGCGUCGGCUGAUGGCGACAUUUCACACAGAAGCACGGCUUAGUGGCCAUGACUUCUAUCGCUGCAUCACUUUAUCCUCCCAUGGUGCUGCAGUGUCCAACUUUGGAGAAAUGAUAGUCAAAGGGCAGCCGAGAGCAUCUGGCCCUCCUCUGCUGUUGCGUGCUGGGGCCACCCAUCUGAUUAUACAGCUCAACACUGAUGCCAUAGUUGGAGAUGGACCCGUCAUCCAGAGACAAAUCCAGUACCAUGCCACUAAUUCCACGUGGACAGAGACUCAUGCUGUUCCAUCAGCUACUUACAAGGUCUGGCACCUGGAGCCCGACACAGAGUAUCACCUGAGGAUCGUACUCACAAGACCUGGGGAAGGUGGCACUGGAUUACCAGGACCAUCUCUGAUUGCCAAAACCAAGUGUGCAGAGCCAAUAAGAGCCAUACAGGGCCUCACAGCCACGGAGAUCCAGCCAAGACAGUUAGAUCUCCAGUGGGAGUCUUAUGGCUAUAAUCUGACGCGUUGCCACAACUUCUGGGUGUCCCUGUGUUACCGUUACAGCACCCCCGCAGGGUUCGGCAAUGCCACCAUCUCAGAGUGUUUCUCUUUAGAUCGAAACGCUUUCCAAUUCAGGCUCAAAUAUCUUCCACCUUUCUGCUCCAUCCACAUCCACCUGGCUCUGGCCAACCCUGAGGGCCGAAAGGAAAGCAGUGAAGUCACUUUCAUGACAGAAGAGGACAUUCCUGGGGUUGUUGCAAAAGAGUCCCUGGUCUUCACUGCACUCGAAGACAUGAUCAUCUUCAAGUGGGAGGAGCCAUCAGAGCCCAACGGCAUCAUCACACAAUAUGAGAUCAGCUACCAGAUUGUAGCAUCCAGUGACCCCAACAUCAACAUCAACAGCCCCCGCCGUACCGUUUACAAGCUGAGGAAUGAGACUCUACACAAUUUCACAACUUUCCAUCCAGGAACCACCUACUUGGUGUCAAUCCGGGCUCGGACUUCAAAAGGUUUUGGCCCGACAACAAGCUCUGAAUUUACCACCAACUCUUCUGCCCCCUUAUUCGAAUAUGAGAGAGUACCACCUCCACUGACGGAAACAGAAAACACCAUCACGGUUCUGCUUCAACCAGCCAGUGCCCAGGGGUCUCCAGUCAGUGCUUACCAAGUGGUGGUUGUUGAUGAAACCAGAUAUCAUGAGAUGGUCAGAGAUACUGGAAGACCGGACUGUUUCUCCACAUCUACCUCCUACACGGAAGCUCAGACCAGAGGUGGUCCGUGGUACUACACAGCUGAGCUGGCCCCUGACAGUCUACCAGAGAUGAGACCCUUCAUUGUGGGAGACAAUCUCACCUACAGUGGCUACUGGAAUGUCCCACUGGACCCCACUGCCAGUUACCUGAUUUACCUGCAGGCCGCCAGUCACGCUAGAGGGGAAGUCAGAGUGAACUGCUUUCUGAUAGCCACAAAAGUUGCCUGGAAGGAUUCCAAACAAGCUAUGGAAGUUUCCCAGCAUGCUGAGGACAUUGGUCUGAUCUUGGGGGUCUGUUUUGGGGGCCCGCUUGUUCUGGUUCUUCUGCUGAGUGUCAGCAUCUUCAUCAAGAAACGAAGCCAUUUCUCUUCUUACUUCCUAAGGAAGCAUUUGACCAUAAAGAGGUCACCUAUGUGCUAUAAGCAGCAAGCCUGGCGGCAGAGAGGCGAGCGAGACCAGAGCUCUCUUCUACCUGAAGAGCUAAUGGGCCACUCCAUUAUGGAGACUCGAGAAGAGCCCAGUUCCAUCAGUGAGUGUUCUAGUCCACUAGGGGGCAGCCCGCAGCAUCAUGUGCCCUUGCUGUACCACACAGGGCAGCUUCAUCCAGCUGUCAGGGUCAAUGACCUCUUCCAACACAUCAGCCUGAUGAAGACAGCAAAUGGAUACAGCUUUAAGGAGGAAUACGAGAGUUUCUUCAACGGUCGAGAUCAUUUGAAGAAGAAGCGCAACUAUGAUCGACAUCGAGUGAAACUGCACCCCAUAUUGACAGACCCUGCCCCAGAUUCUAUCACCGCAAAUUUUUUUGAUGGCUACCAGCGGCCAAACCGCUUCAUUGCCACAGAAGGUCCCACCGAAGAAACCAUAAAUCACUUUUGGAGGAUGGUUUGGCAGGAAAACUGCAUCACGAUUGUCAUGAUCACCAGAUUGGUGGAAAUGGGCAGAGUCAAAUGCUGCAAGUACUGGCCUGAUGACAGCGAGGUGUACGGUGACAUCAAGAUCUCACUGUUAGCGACGGAAACUCUGGCAGACUACAGCGUUAGAACCUUUGCCCUGGAAAGGAGAGGUUACCCUACCAAGCAUGAGGUUCGCCACUUCCUCUUCACCUCGUGGCCUGAGCAUGGAGUGCCUGCCCAUGCUACAAGUCUGCUAGCUUUCCUGCGGCGGGUCAAGGCCUCCACACCCCCCGACGCUGGGCCAGUUAUGGUCCACUGCAGUUCCGGAGCCGGCCGUACUGGCUGUUACAUUGUGCUGGACAUCAUGCUGGACAUGGCUGAGUGUGAAGGAGUGGUGGACAUCUACAACUGUGUGAAGACACUGUGUGCUCGACAAAUCAACAUGAUCCAGAGUGAGGAGCAGUAUGUCUUCAUUCACAAUGCCCUGUUAGAGGCGUGCCUGUGUGGCGAGACAGGGAUUCCUGUUUGUGAGUUCCCCCACACCUUCAAGGAGAUGCUGAAGGUAGACUCUCAGAGCAACACUUCCCACCUCAGGGAGGAGUUUCAGACUCUGGCAUCACUAAAUGCUCACCUUGAUGUGGAUGAGGGCAGCCAUCCCGUGGUGCCCUGGAAGCGAGACAGGCUUCACAGGAUGGAGGAGUUGCAGCUUGACCUCACAUAUCUGGUCAGUACAGAAGACGAAAGCAAGAACUGCAUCCACGCUGAGAGGAUCAGCAGCUUCCUACGACCAGAGGCCUUUGUGGUGAUGUCACACCCUCAGCCAGGGAGCACCGAUGACUUCUGGAGACUCGUGUAUGAUGACAGAUGUACCACAGUAGUAAUGCUGAACCAGAUGAACCAGUCCACUUCUACCUGGAGGUGUCUGCCUUACUGGCCAGAUCAUGGGAUUCAACAAUCUGGUCUCAUGAGGGUGGAACUGUUGUCCAUGACUUAUGAGGACGACUCUAUUGUCCGUCUGUUCCACGUGUGGAAAACGUCCCAGGCCCAUGAACGCCCUCUGGCCGUGCAUCACUUCCAGUUCCUUCGCUGGUCUCCAUACCGGGAUGUUCCCACCUCUAAGAGAGCCUUCCUCGGUCUCCUGGAGCAGGUCCUGCACCUGCAGAUGGAGAGCGGAGAGGGUCGCACCCUUGUCCACUGCCUAAACGGCGGUGGACAAAGUGGUGUCUUCUGCAUUUGCACCUCGAUCCUAGAAAUGAUUCGUCAUCACAACACUGUUGACGUCUUUUUUUCUGCCAAAACUGUGUGCAACGCUAAACCCAACAUGCUGGAAACCAUGGAACAGUACCAGUUCUGCUAUGAGCUGGUUCAGGAGGCCUUGAGUGCCUGGACAUCCAACUCCACCUCUUCCUCAGCAUUAUUAGGUUUGCCAUAACAGACUUUUUCUGCAAGGAGGUAGAAGAAGAGGUGGUUUCCAAGUUUGGUUGGUUCCUCUACGAUGCUGCUGCUGUUCAAUCCUCAGUCUUCACCUAACAAUUUAGCGCUGUGCCAUGUUUGUCUAACAUGCCAUGCGCUAGCGUGUACACCGCUGCACAGCUAAUGUCAGUCAUCCAGUAGUUAUUUAAUAUCUCUGCUGCAAGCAAUCCUCUCCGACUCUGUUUCUUCUGUGUCCUUAUUGUCUGUUACAUUUUUGUGUUGUGUCUUUUGUA